CGGAAGCGCCGGUUACGAGGGGCUGGCGGAGCGGGGCGCUGGCCGACACAGGGCACUUGACCCAGCUGCUACAGUAGUGAGAUCUCUGCUACCAUGGUUAGAAGAGGGUUUUAACCCUUGCAAAAGGAAGGAUCUCUAGCCCAAGAAGUGGCAGUUAUCCUGCGUUGGGUUCUCCCAGACAACUCCAAAAAGGCAUUGCCAAUGGAUGAACUGGUGCAUGAUUUGGCCUCAGCCUUAGAGCAGACUUCAGAACAAAACAAGCUGGAUGAGCUAUGGGAAGAGAUGGCCCUAAGCCCACGGCAGCAGAGGCGUCAGCUUCGCAAGAGACGGGGUCGUAAACGACGCUCAGACUUCACGCAUCAGGCAGAGCAUGCCUGCUGCUACAGCGAGGCCUCAGAGUCAAGCUUGGACGAAGCUGUCAAGGAUUGCCGUGAGGUGCUGACAGCCAAUUUCAGUGACUCUGAUGACAUGGCAGUGGUCAAACGACACCCAGCUCUCAGUGCCACCCUGAGGAGCAAGCAACACUCCUGGCAUGAGUCAGACUCCUUUACAGAGAACGCACCCUGUCGACCUCUCAGGCGCCGACGGAAAGUCAAACGUGUGACAUCAGAGGUGGCUGCAAGUCUACAGCAAAAGCUCAGGGUGUCGGAAUGGAACUAUGAGAGGGGCUGCAGGUUCAAGUCAGCCAAGAAACAGCGUCUUUCACGCUGGAAAGAAAAUGCCCCAUGGACAUCAUCCAGUCAUGGCCGUUGUGAAUCAGGAGAGAACAGGCCCUUCCUCAGCAAAGGGGGAAGGAAAGAGCGGAUGGAGUGUGAAGCUGAUGAACAGAAACAGGGCUCAGAUGAAAACAUGUCAGAAUGUGAAACCAGCAGUGUAUGCAGCAGCAGUGAUACUGGCCUGUUUACCAAUGAUGAAGGACGCCAAGGAGAUGAUGAGCAAAGUGAUUGGUUUUAUGAAGGAGAAUGUGUUCCAGGAUUCACUGUCCCCAACCUUCUUCCCAAGUGGGGAGCUGACCACCGAUCUGAAGUGGAGCGGAUUGACUCAGGCCUGGAGAAGCUCUCAGAUUCCACCUUCCUUUUGCCCUCACGUCCAGCUCAGAGAGGAUUUCAUGCUCGUCUGAAUCGCCUUCCAGGAGCUGCUGCCCGUUGUCUCCGAAAAGGUCGGAGGAGACUUGUUGGCAAGGAGACCUCCAUGAGCGCUCUGGGCACUGAGAGGCUAGGUCGUAUUGUUAGUGAUCCACGCCAGAAAGAAAAGAACAAAGUGCUGGCUUCAGAUUUCCCACACACUGUGGCCUGUGCCUAUGAGUUCAAUCCAUUAUCUCCUCUGUACUCUCUGGAUGUGCUUGCUGAUGCUUCCCACCGAAGAUGCUCACCAGCACACUGCACUGCCAGGCAAACAAAUGUACACCUGGGACCACCAUGUUCAAGGGACAUCAAGAGGAAACGAAAGCCAGCUGCAGCUUCCAUGUCCAGUCCAACAUCAGCAACUUUAUCUGUCCCCGUGGAUGCAGCAGAGUCAGAGCUACCAUCAACACCAUCCCUGAGAUCCCAGAACUCUGAGUGGACAGGGAAAACACCAGCAGCUGAGAAAGCCACUGUUGCUGCCUCCAGUAACUUUUUUAAAAUGCCACCAGAGAAGAGCCCUGGAUACAGCUAAAAGGAAGCAUUGCAACUGUAAAAGCUUGCUGGAUUUUGGAAGUGUUUGACACUGGUUUGUGUCUUCACCAAGCAUCCCAUUUGGCAGUAGUGAUAUCUUCAGUAUUGGUGCGUGAUGCGUGCCAUCAUCCAGACUGAUCUGCGUGCCCCACAUACCUAAAUCAUGUUUGUGAAUCUAUGUAUAAAAAAAGGUAAUCAGUGUUGGGACCGCAGUGGCUUUUAAAAAUGUUCUUGCUAUUGCUGUAUUUAUUAUGUAUUCAUCUCCUUCCCUGAUGCCAGCUCGUAUGUGCUGGGUCAUGUACAGAUUCUUUUGGAUUUUCAGAUCUUUAUUCAUCCCCGGGACAUGUUGCUUGUUUGUGCAUUUGGCAUUUUUUGGGUGGAAGUCCCACUGCCGCUCAGGGAGACAAAAGUCUCCCCCUGCUUUCUUCCAGGCCAGAAGGAUUUCUUGGCUCGGGAAUGAGGAGGGAACGCAAACAAGAUGAAGCAUGGAACCUGAAUUCUGUAUUAGCAGAAUGUUUUCAGGCCAUGUGCUAAUGGACUCGAAUCAUGUUGCUUCUAGCGAAGUAAAUAUGGUGCUUCAUUCAGAAAUUGCCACUGGCUCACUGGCAGCAUGGUCCAGUAGACCUUUUCCUUCUCCCUUGUUCUGAAUGUCUUUAGUCUUGCCUUGUGUAUUGCAUGUUCUUUCCUAAAUGUCCUACUGGAUAAGGAUCUGGGAGAACUACUUGGACAUAAAUGUGCAAGCUGGUGUCUUGGAAAGGAACCUGGGCCUUUGAAUAUCCUUGGAGUAUGGUAGAAGAUAUAAAAAAUUUCAAUUUCUCAGUGUAUAAAUUAAAAAAGUACUGCUAGCAUUUCUAAAGGAUGCUUGCCGUUGAAGUUAACGUGCCAUUGAACAAAAAAGCCAUUUAAAGUAUCACCUGAGUUCAGAGCAUUUGGGGUAUUUGUCAGACCACUUCUGUCUCAUGUUAUCCAUCCCUUCAAAAAGUAUUGUCUGCUGUAUCUACUGGAGGUGUCUCCACCUACUGAUGAUUGUACUUUGCAGCAUACACAAAACAGAUUCUCUUCUAUUCAUAGCAUUUCUACUUGGUCCCUGGUUACUUUCUGUGUUGCAGAAUAUAUGGAUAGUGAUUUCUUCCCUUUCUUUUCUUGAAUUCUUGAUCAUACUCCACUCACUUUUCUUGAAUUACGCUAUCUGGAGCUUAUUUUUGGUUAUGUUUUUAGAAUAUAUGUUUUUAGAAUAUAUACCUGCUUAGCAUAUGUCAAGCAACAGAUGGCCUCAUGUCUUAAGUCCUUUAAAAAUAGGAUAUAUUUGUAUGCAUAGAAAUGUUUUUGCUUUCCUCACCGGCUGGAACUUUCAGACAGGACUGUUUAAGCUUGUAAAAUUAAUUUUGAAUGUGCAGGCGCAGUUAGCACUCUUAAGCAGAUAACAAAAUUUGCAUGUUUUUAGUGAUUUUGUAGUGUUGUGCUCUCCCUUAUAAAUCAAAGAACUGAGGGACAGAUUUUAUUGUGAGGAUAUAAAGCAGUUAUUUAUAUUUAAUUCUGUAUUAAAAUGUUAAAUGGUCAUAACAUACACAAAACAAAAAUUGAAUGACUCACUAAAUGAUGAUUGACAAAUACAGUUAUAUUACAGACACACUGUCUGUGUCUGAUCCCCUAAUACCUACUUAUUCUUUGGGAAAGAUCCAAAUUGGAUUUGUAUUUCACAGCCCAAGCAAACUGUCAGAUCUGUCCAUGUAAAUCCCUCUCAAAACCUUUUGGGUUUUUUGGUUUUUUUUUGGUAGUAGUACAUUUUAGAACUAAUUAGAACAGGGAAAGCCUUUUUACCUUGCUGAAGUAGUACAGAGGUCAGUUUGGAUUACAGGACAAGCUGUAAGUGUUUUGUGGAGAGAGGAGUGUUCCUGUUUUAAAGUAGUACUGGAUUGUUUCAUUUUGUAGUUACUUUGAGCAAUGGUGCUUAAGAGGUAGCACUGGAGGGCCUGUAAUCUAGAACAUAGAAAGGGAAGGUAAACCUGAAGAGUAGGAGCUUGGCUGUCUAGUACUCACGAACACAGUGAAAGGAAAAGGUGGUCACAUUCUCCUGACAACCUGCAGGCAAAUUUUAGGAUUGGAAGGCUUGUAACGUAACUUGCUGGUUGUUUCAAGGACAGGGAGUGAUUCCCCAAAAGAACAUUUGUGAAAUUGAGUGUUUUUAAUCUCGUGAAGGAUACUCCACAAUCUCUAUUGGUUUGAGUCUAUUCAACAGACUUAGAUUACUGAGCAUUCCGCUAAAAUUUUAAAUUUUGGCCUUUGUAUUCCCCUUUUUAAAACCAAUUAUGAUAUAUCUUGCUACAUUCUGAGUAUUGUUCAGAGUAGUGCUGUUUCUUCUGUGGUGUCAGGGCGUGUUUAAAACUUUUUUAUAAGACAGGUGUUUGAGGUGUUGGAGUAUCAACAGCCUUCAUCUCACUCAUUGUGGCAGAGGUGAGGGAGUUGCCAGACUUCACAUGAUUUUUUUCUCUGAGGGCAGGGAAAAAUAAUUUAUCAGAUUUUCCUAUUGAGGUCAAUAGCACUGUUCAUCUGGUUAAGCCCUUACUUAGUCUGUAAGCUCCUCGGAGGUCUUCCUUGCCUUUAGAGGUUGAAUGUACCUGUGGUAGUACUGAAGAGUAACUGUGUCAGGCCUUGUCUUGGAAGCCAUAAUUCCUGCCAUGGCAACUUUCUGAAGUGCCAGGAGACUCAAGUUUCUGCAGCUGCCCUGUCUUUCCUAUUUAUAGGUUAGAAUCCGUUUGCAGGUCAUACAGGCUCUCAACCAAAUUUGAUUCUACAGAGUGGUAGACAAGCUAAAUGAAUCAUAUAUCUUGUUACUCCAGGAUACUUAUCAAAAUUCAUCUUUAGACUUCAGUAGCUUGAUACAGAUUUGAAUAUUUGCAGCAUUCUUAGAUGGAACUAGGUGCAUUGUUUUGUCUCUUUUCCUCUAAGGCAAUUUUCGUAGAACUCGCACUUGUACUCACACAGUACUUGCAGUGAAGGGCAUAAUGCUUCAGAUGUGGAUUUCUUGAGCAGAAAAGAAUAAUAAUGUGCCUUGAUUUGGCAUCUGUGCUUCCACUAAGGUGGCCCAGUAUGUAAUUAUUGCUUCAAAGAUACACAAUUCACUCAUAUUCCAUUUCUUGUCCACCAGGACUCCCCAGUCUUUUUCCAGGUUUGCCUCCUCCAAUUUUCUUCUGUCCUUGUCCUUACGGGAGACUUCAACUUCCCAGACAUCAGUUGAGAAUACCAUACUGCUGUGACAAGCAAGUCUGGGACAUUCCUGAAGUAUGUUGAAAAUAAUUUCUUGUCACAAGCACUCAGUGAGCCAUCUAGGAAAGAUGCCCACCUAGACUUGAUAUUUGUGAAUAGAGAAGGACUUGUGGGAGAUGUGAUGGUAGGUGACUGUCUUGGCCACAGUGAUCACGAAAUGGUUGAGUUAAAAAUUUUUGAUGUAAUGACAAAAAUGGUCAGCAGAGUUGCUGCCCUGGAUUUCAAGAGAGAGAACUUUAAGCUACUCAGCGAGCUAGUUAGAAGUGUCCUCUGGGAAUCUGCUUUUGAGGUCUUAGGGGUCCAUGAGUACAGGUCUGUUUUCAAGAACCACCUUUCAAAAGCACAAAAACAGGCAAUCCCUUUGUGUUGAAAGUCAAGCAAGCAGUGCAGAAGACCAGUUUGGCUGAACAGGGAACUCCUCUUGGAACUCAGGAGGAAAAAAGAAAUUCUAUGAUCUCUGGAAGCAAGGUUAGGCUUCCCGGGAGGUUUAUAAAGCUGUGGUUCACAUAUGCAGGGAGAAAACACAGAAGGCCAAAGCUUAAUUAGAGUUGAAAGUGGCCAGUGUUGUGUCAGACAACAAGAAAGGCUUUUUGAAGUACUUUAAUAGCAAGUGGAGGUCUAAAGAAAACGUUGGACUGAUACUUGCUGAAGAUGGUCCCUUGACAAAUUGGGAUGAAGAAAAAGUGGAGACAUUCAGUACUUUUUUUGCCUCAGUUUCUGAUAAUACUGAUAAACCUUGGGCUGCCUGGUCAUCUGAGUUGGAGGACCAUGACUGCAGGAAUGGUGACUUUCCAUUUCUGGAUACUGAAAUUGUAAGGGACCAGUUGUAUCAGUUGAAUGUUCAUAAGUCCAUGAGGCCAGAUAAGAUUCAUUCCAGAGUACUGAAGGAGCUAGUGGAGCAGGACCUGUCUCAAUUAUCUACAAAAGGUCUUGGGAGUCUGGGGGGAGGUCCCUGCUGACUGGAAGCUAGACAGUGUUAUUCCAGUUUACAAGAAGGAUAUGAGGGAAGACUCAGGAAACUACAGACCUGUUAGUCUAACCUCAGUACCUGGAAAAAUUACGAAGAAGAUCAUACUGGGUACUAUUGAAAGGCAUUUAAUGGACAACGUAAGCAUCAGGCAUAGUCAACAUGGAAUCACAAAAGGAGAGUCCUGUUUAACUAAUUUGAUAUCCUUCUAUGAUAAGGUCACCCAGUGAAGAGAUGAAGAGAAGGUGGUGGAUGUAGUUUUUCUGGAUUUUAGUAAGGCUUUUGUUACUGUCCCUCACAGCAUCCUUUUGGACAAGUUGUCCAACUGAAAUGAGCAGGCACAUGGUGUACUGGGUGAAAAACUGGCUGAAUGUCAGGGCUCAAAGGGCUAUAGUGAAUGGGGCUACAUCUGGCUGUUGGCUGGUCACCAGUGGUGUUCCUCAGGGUUCAACUCUAGGGACAGUUCUGUGCAAUAUAUUUAUCAGUGAUUUGGAUGCGGGAGCUCAAUGCACCACUAGCAACUUUGCUGGUGAUAGUAAACUGGGAGGUGCUGUUGACCCUCUCGAGGGACAAGAGGCUGGGCAGAGGGAUCUAGAGAGAUCAGAGCAUUGGGCAGUCAUCAAUGGCAUGAAAUUUAAGUGCCAGAUUGGCACCUGGGGCAGAGUAGUGCUGGACACAAAUAUAAAUUGGGAGAGGAGUGGCUGGAGAUCAGCCCUACAGAAAGGGAUCUGGGGGUGCUGGUCAACAGCAGACUCAGGAGUCAGCGCUGUGCCCUGGCAGCCAGGAAGGCAAACCCCAUCCUGGGGUGCCUCGAACACAGUAUAACCAGACAGUCAGAAGAGGUGAUUAUCCCUCUGUAUUUGGUGUUGGUGUGGCCUCACCUUAAGUAUUUUGUGCAGUUCUUAGCCCCACAAUUUAAAAAGGAUGUGAAGGUCCUUGAGUGCAUCCAGAGGAGGGCAACAAAGCUGGUGAAAGGGCUGGAAGGCCUGUCCUGUGGGGAGUGGCUGGGGUCUCUGGGUUUGUCUAGUUUGGAGAAAAGGAGGCUGAAGGGUGACCUCAUUGUUCUCUACAGCUUCCUGAGGAGGGGAAAUGGAAAGGGAAGUGCUGAUCUCUUCUCCCUGGUAUCCAGUGACAGGAUGCAUGGUUCAAAGAUGCAUCAUUCAAAGAUGCAUCGGGGAAGUUCAGACUUGAGGUUAGGAAACACUUUUAUAUAGAGAGAGUGGUCAAACAAUGGAGCAGGCUUCCUAGAGAGAUGGUCAGUGCUCCAUGUCUGUCAGUGCUUGAGGCAUUUGGACAAUGCCCUUAAUAAUAUACUUUAACUUUUGGCCAUUCCUGAGGUGGUCAGGCAGUUGGACUAGAUGAUUGCUGUAGGUCCAUUCCAACUGAACUAUUCUAUUCUAUUGAUGAACUUCAUGAGGCUUCUGUCUUUUCAUUCCUCCAAUCUGUCAAGGUCCCUCUAGGUGGUACCCCACCUCUAGCAUAUCCGUGGCUCCUCUCCCCACCGUGCCAUUAUUUCCGUUCUUGCUGAGAGUAUGUUCUGUGUCCUUCUGCCAGAUCACUAACAAUCAUUGAACAGUACCAAUCCUACUGUUGUCUUCUGAGUCAUGCUUUUCAUAACUGGCCAUCACGCAGAUGUCAAACCGUUGAUCAUUAUUCUUUGAGCCUGACAGUUCAACCAGUUUCUCACUGGCCAUUCUUACUAGACAGCAACCAGCCCAUAGCUCCCCCGUUUGGCUAUAAGGAUGCUAUGAGAGACUGCAUCAAGAGGUUUGCUGGAAUCAAUGUAAACAGCAUCCACUGCCCUCUACACAUCCACAGAGCCUGUCAUUUCAUCAUAGAAGGCAGUCAGGUUCAUAGGUAUGAUUUUCCUUCGUUUAAACUGGCUGCUUGUUUCUGGUCACCUUCUUGUCCUUUGGGUGCCUGGAAAUGGCUUCCAGAGCUUGCUCCAUAAAGCUACAAGGGACCGAGGUAGAGCUGACUAGCCUGUCAUUCCCCAGAUCUUCCUUCCUGCUUUUUUACAAAGGUGACGUACCCCUUCCUGUCACUGAGAACCUCAUGCAAUUGUCACGGUUUUUCACAGAUGGCAGAGACCCGUCUUAAAAAUGACAUACUUUUGCAAACAGGACUUUAUGUACAGAGAGCACAUGGACAUUCAGUGACAGAGAAAUCGAGAACUGGGAGGAGCGCAUUUAGUAGUUGUUCUUUGCACAUUUCCAGUAGGUCCAGUGAGCUCUAGUGAGGCUUAAUGUCCAGUUUGUAACUACUGGAAAAGUGCGAAUUAAAGGACUGUACUUUCUGGCCUGAUGGGUUUAUGAUUUUAAUGUAAGGUACAAUGAAGAGUGAAGAAGGCAACAAAACAGUAGCUGGAAAGAAACUCGUAAGAGGCUGUGACUAGAGCUGCUGAAUGAUAGAUUAGCUUCAUGAGUGUGGUAUGCAGAGGUGUGUCUUGCCAGCAUUCCUGAAUAAUGACAUUGAGAUGGUUAGUGCUGUCCUUCCAAUUGUAGUAAGCUCAUGCUGUUACUUUGUGGAUGUUGCAGAGACCUGCUCAGUGGGCAGAGGAUGAGAAGGGAAAUUGGAGGAAGGGCAACAAGAAGGAUGAUUGAGUGCCUCUUUUAUUGUAACCCCUUCUGCACCGAAGAAAUAAGAUGCUACAAAAAACAAUAUGUGUUCCUGGAUAUUGAAAAGGAGUCAUGUAAAUUGGAUAAGAACUUUUGUUGUCUUGAGGAACAGUUUCAUAACCAGAGAACAUUUCAGUGAAGCAAAAGUGAGGGAUGCUACCAGCCAUUUGUUCAGAAAAUGUAUUUUAAUAGUCUCUUAGGAGACUAUCAAAGGAGGACAAACUUAUGUUCACAUUGUGAUAUUGCAUUAUUGUGUCUUCUGCGUUCUAUUCCAGUCUGUGUUUUGUGCUUGAGAGAUUCUGCUUUUGUACCAUCGAGUAUGGGAAAAAAUACUUUCUAGCAAUGCUUCUUAAGGCAUAAAGCAUAAGGGACUGCUUGCUAUAUAGAAGGCAGGACAAGAUUAUCUUAGGCCAUUAACUUUUACCCAGUACAAAGAUUGAACUCGGCACAGAGAACAUAAUGUCUGGAUUAUACCAAAGCAUCUCAUUCUUAAGAAAGUAAACUGUGCCAUAGGCAAGUGCAGGGAGACUACACUGUCACCGGUGCUUGGAGACUGGUGCGUGGCUGGCCCUCAGUCAGGUGACAUACAUACUUAUGUUGUGGAGACAGAGGGAACCUUCAACAUCCUUCUCAACUUUAAUGUGGGUAAAAUGCCUUCCUAACUGCAAACCUGGCUGUUGGUGUGACUCUCGUGUAUUAACUGGCAUACCAGGAAAAGAUAAUUCUUGUAGCAACUCGGUAAAAGAGGAAAAUGGACUGGCAUGGCCUGUUAUAUCAGAGAAAGGUGCAAAAUAUAUAUACCUGCAGACAAUAAUGAGAAAAAGCAUAGCUGAGCCCUGUGUGUAUGACCUAAAGUAUUCAUUGUCUUAAAGCAGAGCUGCCAGUAUUAUGAAGGUGAUCAGGGUUUUGCAAAGCUGCCCUCUUUUUCUUGUAACCUCUGAAGGAAAUGGGAUGAACAGCAUGAGAAAGGCUGCACUGGGUCAGACCAAAGGUCUGUCUGGCUUGGUAGGCUGUCUCUCACAGUGGCAGGGUUUGGAUGCUUAGGGGGUAGUGUAAGGGCAAAGUAGUUAUAUGGUGAUACUUUCCUUUUAUGUUCUCUUAGCCCAGGGUUCUGUCUCAAAGAUUUACAAACUCUUUCUUCAAGGCUGGAGAAAACUUUUGUGAGCCUUUUAGCUAUAGUAUUUAUCCUGCAACUGGAUUUAAUGAUAUUUUUAGAAGGAUGUGUAAUCUGACUUUCAAAACAUCAAGUAAGGAUUAGCUCAUCUUUCUUGGUCAUCAGUUUUGUUAUUAAUUACCCUCUUUAUAAGGAAAUUGCAUCUUUUCUUGGAAUAUUUUUUUUCCUAAUUUCAACAUCCUGACAUAGUUUCUUGCUAUACCUUUUUUUCAGUCAGGUUGAAAAGUCCUAUUUUUCAUUACCAAUUAGGCUUCUUUGUCAUGUAUAUCUACCUACACACAGUUAACAAGUCCUAUGUAAUCCACUAGCCCAUAUAAGCCAUUUUUCAUGAUCUUCACACUGUAAAACUUGUCAUUUAACCUUAAAUUAUGCUUCUGCAUGAAAAUCCUUAGUAUUCCACAUCCAUCUUCAUGCAGUUCUAGUGUAUACACUUAGAGUAUUCUUUACAGAAGUAGGAACACUUGCUUCCCUAUUGCUAUUCAGGGUUUAUAUACUCAUAUAUCCAAACAUCAUGCUAGCCCUUGCUGCCUAAACACUGCUGUAGCACUACCAUAAAGGUGAUAUUUAGGCAGUUGACUCUGAAUCUAAAGUUCUUAUCACUGCUUUUCAAUGUACAAGAUCCUAGAAAGUUAAGAACAAUCUUCUUUUUUUUUUUUUUUUUAAUUUCCAAAAUGCAUUGCAUUUCCUUUAGCAGUAUCACAAUGCAAUUUUGGAUUGUCAGAUAAUUUGGAAUACUUAAGAGCUCAGUCUGUUUAGUUUUUUCAGAAGAGCAUCCUAAAUGUCCUGCCAGUGUGAUAGAAAGACCUUUAUGGCAAUGAAAAUACUAAGUAAUGGAGUGUCUCUUGUCUUGAGCAGAUGGACAUAAAAAUGAACUUGAAGCUAAAGCCAAAUUAAUUCAAGUUAGAAAUAGUGUGUGAACUUUUAACAGUGAAGACAGAUUAACCAUUGGAACAAAGUACUGUGGGAAGCAGUAGCUUCUGUGUAUCUUCAGGCUUCAAUUGCAGACAGCAGCUUUAUGGGAGGAAUGUUGUAGCCAAAUAUAACCCAUUGAAAUAAAUACAGAGGGAUCUAAAAGACAUUGAAUGGUCAAUUUUAUAGUGAAAGGUCAGUCUACACCAAAUGAUAGUUGCUUCUGGUUUAGAACCUCAGAGAAGACAGAAGAGUUUUUUUCUACAGUGCAGAGAUCUGAUGAAAAAUUAGAAAUGUUUUGGCAAACGUAGGGAAAAGUCAUGGUGAUAGAAGUUUUACGGUGUUACCAAAAGAUUGUUAUGAAAUUUACAUUGGGAAGGUGAAGUGAGACAAAAUUUAUCUAUGCCAACUGAAAUGAAGCAUCAUUUCUGCAUGUCAGUUUAUUUGUUGAGUAGUAUAAUGACAUACGAGUGUUCAAUCUUCAGAACCUACAUGAUCACUCAGUUGAAGAGUGUCCUUGGUGAGGAUUCCCCCUUUCUUGCUGUCCUAGCAGCUGGAGUUCUGCUGUCUUGGGGCGGUGUUCCCUGUGCAUAUGCACAGCUUCAGCAGCUCUGUCUCAGUGCAUUCGCUCAGCUGUGUGAACUGCCUGCACGUUGCACUGAAAUCAGAAACAAAUGAGGGAGAGCAUCGAUGGGCUUAUUACCUUGAUAAGAUACUUGCCAGAAAAGUAUGCAAUAUUUUUCUUAAUCACUAUGACAGUUGCUGCUUCUUUUCUCUCUCAUGCAUAUAAGGAAGAUGCCUCGGUGUAGGAGUGCCCUUUGGGAGCCUGUAGUGUUCACUACCACAAUGAAGGAGCAGAUGGUAGGUUUCUCCAAGUGGAGGAGCUCUUCUGCACUCAUCUGAGAGAAGAUGGUGUGACUGAAGGAAGCAAUUUUCUGGUAGUGUGUUUUCUAACAUUAGGGAGCAAUGAUUUGCUUGGCUUUUUCAGCUUUAAAAUACAUUAUACUGUACCUUUGUUUCAAAAUGAAUGUAAAACUCCAGUAGUGAAUUAGUGAGUAGUGCCACAUUUGAAUUGUUGCUUCAGAUCUCAAGUCUUGGACACAGUGUUAAUGUCCCAUACUUGCAUUUGUUUUUGUUGCUCAGAUUGGUGUAUGUGAGAUCUCAUUGCUGGAAGCUCUUCUAAGGGUGCCAUGAACUGAGACUGGUCUGGCCUGACCAGAGCCCCUGGGCACUGCUGAAGCCAUUGAAUUUUCUCUCAAGUUUGGCAACACCAGACAGUCAUCCAAAGCUACCAUCAGUUGCAUUCGAGCUUCCUGAGAGGGCUUACCUAGAGAUAGUUCACAAACAGGUCUACUCAGAAUCCUUAAAGAGCCACAUUGUGCAUGUCUCAGAUGUUCUGUGUGGUCAUAAGAUUUAACUGGUCGACAGAGAUUGGACUCUGGGUUCUUAGGACUCUAUUUUGGGGUUAACAUGUAAAUAAGGAAGAUUCUUGCUUGUAUUCCUCUGUCUUAAACAUGAUGUGUAUUCUUUGAAUGAGGCUCAUGCAGAAUCUCUGCUCUGAUUACAGAAACUGGAAAUAAAUCAAUAUAUGAAAGAAGUGUUUUAUCUGAUAUAAAGCAAACUGAGUUGAGAGUGGGAGAAGAGAGGUUUCACUGACAUCUAACUAGAUUUACAGUAUUGGAAUGUCCAUUAAUCUGCAUGCUUCCUUCACUGGUUCCAUAAGUAUAAACUGUAACCUGAAGGUCUGUAGGGAGUUACUAUGCUUUUCUUCCUUUGAAUUGCAAACUUGAGUGAAGGAUUUGAGGUAAUUUAUCAUGUCCAUUCUUUGCUUUUUGCAAUGAUUUUGUUUCCCAGUUUGUCAUGAUGUUGUCUGUAGACAAGUGAGAUGCUCCCUGUUUGGAAUUUGAAACAAUUCCAGAGUUUAAGUAGCCUUUCACUUCCAAGUCUUUGCUUCAGAUCUGCCCAGUCCCAAAAGGGAUUUAAUUUAAAUGAUCAGGUCAGUCUCAAUUGAUAGUUUAAUGGAUAUCUAUUAAUUUUUCCAAUGCUAACAUCCUUUUAAGAUAGAUUGGCAUCAUUCUUUUUUACCAUGAUAGCAGUGGCUGCAAAGAUCAAAUGAGCAGUGGACUUUGAAUUUUCUUUUGCAUAUACUUGUGUCCCAGUAUUGAUAGCUAUGCACACUUGUGGAAGGAACAAAACAGGACUCUCUCCGCCUUAACUAUUCUGAGGAAUAAAUUGUAAAAAAUUAGAUACCAAAUUGGUGGAAUGAUUUAGAAGAAAAAGAUCAAGAUCCUUUGGAAGUUGCUUCAAGUUCUCAAUGCUAUAUUGGAGGGAGGGGGCUGUCCAAUUUUAAAAAGUGAUGAUUUUCCUUUCUCAUCUGCAGGCUGCACCUGUGAGAACUGGGAAGUGUUCCUAGUGAAAUGUGCUGACUUUUGUUGGGUGCAAGGAGAAGAGAGCUCUUAACAAUAAGUUCUCUUGUGGGAAGUGCCCAUAUUUGGCACACGUGAUCAACUAUGGGUAACAGUCAAAAAUGUCAGAUAUCUAAAAAUCAUUAUGGGCUGGUUCAGUCUUCCACCUACUUGCAUUUUUUUUUUUUUUUCCUGAGGAAUGAAGCAUUUAACUUGGUAACUGGAGGCAUUUCUAUUAAAAAAAAAAAAAAAAAAAAAAAGAUGAAUGGUUCUUGUUCACAUGUCCUUAAUUUUAUACCCAAGGGCUGAGAAUUUUCUCAGUUGUUUGAAUAGCUGGUGGUAAAUUCAGUAACAGGGCUGACUGUGGUGGCUUUUACUAUUUUAAUGGUUUUCAGACCAUGCUUUCUUCAUACUUUUCCAGCUCAGAAAAUCAGCUGAAACUACAGAUGAAUACAAGUAGACUUGCUACGUACUAAUGGAGGAUUUCUCACAUCUAAAUAAAGGGUAUUUCAAAUGUGGGGGUACAAAAUUUUUUUCUCUUCUGAGGUAAGGCAAUUUUCCAAUGAGAACAGAUACUUGAUAAUAGUUUUUUAAUGAAGCAUAUUACAGAGUUUCAGAAUGCUAAAUUAUAUUAAUUUCAUUAUUUUAUAGUGGGGUAGCAACAGAGAAGUAUCUAAAGGUAAGAGCAGAUCUUAGUCCAGAAUUGCUGCCAUUAGGCAGAUGAAACACAUGGAUUUUGCAAAACAUGCUUUUAGAAUUGCAUCUAGUUGGAGAAAUCUUAGAAGUGUCAUAGCUUCUUCCUCACAGACUGCCUGCAGGGGCAGUGAUGGCAAACUAGUGAUUCUGCUAAUCACUGAUGCUGAUGUUUUUCUAGUAAUUUUGACACCAGCUUCCUGAGAGGUUCACGCACAUUGCCUUAGGACUUUUCUUCAUCCUGAUUCACCACAUAAUUUGCAAGUGCUUGGACUCACCCAGCCCCCCGUCAUGGGUAACCAUGCGUUCCCAUUUUGAGAAAGCCAGAGGUGAAGACACUCUUAAUGCUGAGUGUUGUAUGAUGAGUGAAAGAAGUCCUGUGUUUUCUUUCCUGGCUGUCCAGUGUCAUCAUGAAAGAAGCCUAUACAAAAAGAGCAGCAAGAAGAGAUUUCAUGAGCCUUCUAUCUCUUGCUGGCCUUUCAGGUACUGUGGAGACAGCCAGGAGUGCGACUGAGGAGCGACGGGUCUGAUUCCCAGGGGAGGGGAGAGGGACCAUGAAGUGUGGCCAUUUCCAUGCACUCAAUCAGUGCAGGGCUACCCCAGGGCAGGUGGCAUUUCCCACCCUCCUAACCCCCAGUUCCAGACCACAGAUUUCCUGUGUUUAUAUAUUUAUUUAGACAUUUAAACAAGUACCUUCUUUAACACCCCCAUUACUCCCCACCCUCCCUACCAAUAAAAAAGGAAACAAAUGGGAAAAUCUGUGCUCCCAUGACAAACAAGGCUACAAUUUAAGUGGCCUACCUAGCUGAAAUCAGUGCCCUUCUGCAUGCACAGUACAAUGCAGUCAAGGAGUUGCAUGAUUUGUUGUUGGGUUUGAGGGUUUUGUGUCCUGUCCUGUUCCUCCCUCCCCUUUCACACUAACUUCCUGCCUCGGUCGGUGUAGGAGGGUUAAGACUCUCUGAAUGUACAGCUGCUCUGGUUUGGUGGGUUUUUUUCCUCAUUUAAACUGACUUCAAACUUUAUUUACUGCACAGCAUCCAGACUCCACUCUUAAUAAGGAAGAAGUUAUUUCCUUGUUAGUGACUUCAGGGUACCUCCUGCUAUGGCAGCUUAGAAUGUUAAUGACUUUAUUUAUGUGCUGAGAAUUUGGAUGUUAAUGUCACCCUUAUUUUGUAGGUGGGGAGUUUUCGUCAGAAUGACUGAAGCAAAAACCGUGAGUUCUCUCUGAAUUUGAGGGGCCCAAGAUGAGAUACCCAGCCACUAGCAAUUUGGAGUGGCUUACUUUGUAGCCUUUUGUAGAUUCAAAUCUCAUUUCCUACAAAGUUCCAUAGCAGCUAUGAGUGCUCAGAGCUUCAACAAAUCCAGUCACAGUAACUGAUGAGGUGAGGAGCACUGUCCUCAUUGCUGAAGUCUCUCUCUGGCUUCUCAGUGAUCGGAGGGUUGGCAGCAGGGAGACACCUCUCCAGGACUGGUGGUCAGUUGCUUUCAUUCCAAGAACUUUGCCUUGACAGUUUUCCUGCUUUGUCCCUUCUGUCUUUAGUAGCAAAUGAAUCAGAUCCAAUCUCCUUCAGUUCUUGGCGUCACCUCUCCUGAGGUGUGUGUUCUGUCCUUUGUAUGAAGCUAGAAUCUUAGAAAAUAAACUGUGUGAUCCCUUGAUUUGGCAUUAUUGUAAUGUGUAUGUACAGAGUGAUGAAUUAGGAUGGCAGUUCAUUUCUUCACAUUUGAGUAUUUUUAUCUGUAACCAGAUAUGUCUGUGUAUAUAGAUAGAUAGAUUUUAAUUAUUUUUGAGCUAGGAAUUUUUGGUAUGUAUUUACUUUGUAUCAGGGUUUUCUUAUAGGGUAUUUUAGCUUCCCAAAAUAUGCUUUGUCUCUGGAAAUAACUAUGAUUCCUGGACUUCAAAGGAUUUAACAGUGGAAGAGCAGCCCAAAUGUAUAGUAUCACAGAGGAUCUGCUGUGAAAUAGCUUGUCUACUACAACAUGAGAAAGAGCAAUAAGUAGGUGAAAACUUGUUCUUGAGCCAUUACACUUUAUAUACUUUUACCUGAACAUUAUAGGACAAUAUGACUAUUGACUCAUGUCUUUCAGUGAUAUUUCAAGUGUUGUCCUCUGAUUCUUUUCCCCAAACUCCAGUGACUGUCCAGUGCAGAAAACCUGGCUGUUAUUUAACAAAUGAUAGGCUGCCUGUUAAUGCCCAAUUCAGCAGAGUUUUAAAAUAUCAGAAAUCUUAGCGUAUAUUUUGGGAAGAAUAACCUCAGGUCAGAGACCCUCUUUGGAAUCAGAAUCAAUCAUCUGACUGAGUUGUAUCAGAAAGAAGGGGAAAGGUAUGAAGUAAAAAUGGUACUAACUUUUGUCUUUAUUAUCAUGUUUUUUUCUGUUCUCUCUAUUGACUCUCGGGUCUAGAUCUUUUAAUUUCUCUAGAUCUUCUAGAGAAAUUAGUGCAUCUUUAAAAAAAAAGAAAAAAAAAAAAACGACAACAAAAAAACCCAAACCCCAUAAACUCACUCUCCGAGCUUUUGUAGGAUUCUUGUGUCAGAUGUGGGUUGGCAGGCUCUGUUCACAGCUGAAUACUCAAUUUCUGAUGUAAACAGAUGCCAUUAACCUAAAAGAUGAAAGUCAAAAUGUUUGAAUUUCUACAAAUACCCUCUUGAGAUUGGGUAGGUAGCUGCAGUUGUGGUAUCCUCCCUGCAAUAAAGUAUUGUGGACCACAUCAUUCCUUGCUCACACAUUGCACCUUUACACCUGUGCUAAAUGGGCAUUUUCUGAGCAAAGUGCAUUGUUUGCUUAACAGAAGCAUAAAAGAUGAUGUGCUAUGUUGCUGUACACCUUAUCUUCUCUCUGCUAAUUGCGGUGGAUAAAGUCAUGAUUGUGCUCUACCAUGUGACUCAAAAGCAACUUUGCUGAAAACCACAAAUUUUUUUCAGGUAAGCUACAUCCCACCUGUAUGUCUACUUAAAUGUAACUGUGUAUUUGUUCCUGGAAAAGACCCAAAUGCUUGUCACAAAUAGCUGGCAACUGGAAGCACCAGAGCUGGUGUAUUCAGAAUGUGACUAGUCUCUACCAUUCUGCAAGUACCUCAAGUGUUUAGGGUAUGGAUGAGUACAACUUCUACUGCUUGUCACUGAACUACUGCUGGUAAUUGAGAAUUGGAAUACAGUGUUCCCUGGAGAGUUAGUCUGUCAUGGAGCUCAAGAGGUUAAUACAUAGUUAUGUGAUGAUACUAUAAUUUUAUAUGCACCUGCAGAUACUGGUAAUAGACAUUAAAGUGGGCAUUUACAUCCUUAUUAUGGGUCAGUACUUGAUGUCAUAAUAAAAAAGUCACAUCAGAAAA